CCGCCCACCACCGUCCCGACCGGCCCUGCCAUGCCCGUUCCUGUGAAAUAAGCGCUGCCGCGGGGGCGCGCCCUGCCCGAAGAUGAAAACAGUACGGCACUCGGAACAGACACUUAGAACAGCUCUCAUCUCAAAGAACCCAGCGCUUGUUGCCCAGUAUGAGAAGCUCGAUGCUGCAGAACGGCGUCUGAUGAACGAAGCUUUCCAGCCAGCCAGUGGUCUCUUCGCACCCAUUUCCUUGCAUUCUCAAUCGGAUUGGAUCGCCUCCCAUCCUGAGCCUCCCCAAGACUUUGAACAGUUUUUCAGCGAUCCUACCAGAAAGACACCCUCCCCAGAGAAACACAUUAUUUAUAUCCAGUGCAUUGGAUCUCUGGGAAACACCACAGUUAUCAGUGAAGAGUACGUUAAGUGGCUCAAGGGCUACUGUGAAGCAUUUUUCUACGGCUUGACAGUAAAACUCCUAGAACCGGUUCCCGUCUCUGCAACGGGGUGCUCCUUUAGAAUCAAUGAUAACACAAAGAACCUACAGAUACAUGCAGGGCACAUCCUGAAGUUCUUAAAACUGAAGAAACCUGAAGAUGCCUUCUGUAUUGUGGGGAUAACAAUGAUCGAUCUUUACCCCAGGGACUCCUGGAAUUUUGUCUUUGGACAGGCCUCUUUGACAGACGGUGUGGGGAUAUUCAGCUUUGCCAGGUAUGCCAGUGAUUUUUACAGCUCAAGCUAUCAGGACAGAGUGAAGGCGUCGCAGAGGACAUCUUCCAGCGGCUAUCCGGUGUUCAACUACCAUACUCCCGCAGUGACUAGCGUUUUGCUGCUCCGGUCCUGUAAGACUUUAACCCACGAGAUUGGACACAUAUUUGGACUUCGACACUGCCAGUGGCUGGCAUGCUUAAUGCAAGGCUCCAACCACUUGGAAGAAGCCGACCGGCGCCCCCUAGAUCUGUGCCCUAUCUGUUUACGCAAGUUGCAGUGUGCUAUCGGCUUCAACAUUGUAGAGAGAUACAAAGCGCUGGUGAGGUGGAUUGAUGAUGAAUCUGCUGACACACCCCAAGUCACCCCGGGACAUCGUCGUGAGGAGAAAGUGAAUUUGCCCAAACCUGUGGAAGCCUUUAAGGAGUGGAAAGAAUGGAUAAUAAGAUGCCUUGCUCUUGUCCAAAGACAAGAGCCUUCCACUAGGAGUAAUUAAAAUAAAUACUUGCACAUUGC